AUGCGUCAGGCCAGGCCAGGCCAGGCCAGGCUGGACAGCCAGCCAGUCAGGCCAGGCCAGGCCAGCAGGCCAGGCCAGGCCAGGCCAGUCAGGCCGGCCAGGCCAGGCCAGUUGCAGCCAGCCGCCAGGCCAGGCCAGGCAGGCCAGGCCAGCCCAGGCCAGGCUGGCAGGCCAGGCCAGGCCAGGCCAGGGCCAGGCCAGGCCAAACAGGCCAGGCCAGUGACCAGGCCAGGCCAGGCCAGGCCAGGCCAGGCCAGGCCAGACAGCCAGCGGCAGGCCAGGCCAGGGUCAUCACAGCAGGCCAGGCCAGGUCAUCACCAGUCAGCCAGCCGGCCAGUCAGGCCAGGCCGCGUCAUGCCGGGCCAGUCAGGCAACAGUCCGGCCGCUUCAGGCCAGGCAUGGCCGUCAGCCAGUCUUCAGGCCAGGGCCGGGCCGGGCAGUGGCCGGCCAGGCCAGGUCACAGUCAGGCAUUGCCAGUCAGGCCAGGCCGUCAGCCAGGCCAGCCAGGCCAGGCCAGUGCCAGGCCAGGCCAAGACACAGGCCAGGCCAGGCCAGCCACAGGUCAGUCGGCCGGCCGGUCAGCCGGCCAGGCCAGUCACAAGGUCAGCCAGGUCAGCUUCAGGCCAGCGGCAGCCCGAGCCAGGCCAGGCCAGGCCAGGCCAGGCCAAACACAGUCAGACCAGCUCAGGCCAGGCCAGGCCAGAAACGCCAGCCGUCAGGCCAGCCAGCCAGGCCACAGCUUCAGGCCAGACACACGCCAGGUCAGGCCAGGCCAGGCCAUGCGUCAUUGCGUCAAGGCCAGACACAAUGCCAGUCAAUACCGGCCGGUCAUCGGGUCAUCGGUCACCGGGUCAUCGGCCGGUCGGUCAUCACCGGUCAUCCGGGGUCAUCGGUCAUCGGUCAUCGGGUCAUCGGGCUAUCGGUCAUCGGGUCAUCGGUCAUUGCGGGCCAGCGGGUGAUUACAGGCUUGAAAUGAGGUCAGCCAGUACCGGUAGGCCAGGCCAGGCCAAACACGCGUCAGACAUAUCGCGCCAGGCCAGGCCAGGCCAGGCCAGGCCAGGCCAUGCCAGGCCAGACUCGCCGCCAGGCCAUACAGACACAGGCCAGUCAGGCCAGGCCAGGCCAGCCAGCGUCAGCCAGUCAGCUCAGCCAGCCACCCAGGCCAGCGCCAGGCCAGGCCAGGCCAGCCGGUCAGCCAGGUCAGCCAGGCCAGGCCAGGCCAGACAGGCCAGUCAGCCAUACCAGGCCAGGUCACGCCAGGCCAGGCCAGGCCAGGCCGUUCAAGGUACAGACACGGCGCCGAACAGGCCAGGCCAGACAGCCAGCUUCAGGCCAGAUUACGGUCACCAGCCAGGCCAGGCCAGGACGCGUGCCAGGCCAGUCACACAAGUGCCAGGCCAGUCCAGGCCAGGCCAAACAUGCGUCAGACACAGUCCAGGCCAGGCCAGGCUUCACCAGGCCAGCCAGUCAGCCAGCCACACGCCAGUGCCAGGCCAGCCACACAGUCAGGCCAGGCCAGGCCAGUCCAGUAAAACGCUUCAGGCCGCCAAGUCAGCCAGCCAGUCAGCCAGUCAGUCAGCCAGCGUCAGCCGCCAGUCAGCCAGACCGCUACAGGCCAGCGCCAGCGUCAAGACGCCAGGCCAGGCCACAGCCGCGUUCAGGCCAGACAACGCCGAAACAGCCAGUCAUCGGGUCAUACCAGGUCAGGCCAGGCCAAAACAGGCUUCAGGCCUGGCGCUCGAACAGGCCGGUGAUCACGGCCAGAUCACAGUCAGGCCAGGCCAGGCCCAGGCCAGGCCAAACCACAGGCUCAGGCCAGGCCACCAGGCUGGUAUCAGGCCAGGCCUGGUACCAGCUCAGGUCAUAUCAGGUCAUACCAGGCCAGGCCAGGCCAGCCGGUAUCAUAACAGGCCAUACCAGACACAGGCCCAGGCUCAGGCCAUACCAGGCCAGGCCGUGCUACGGCGUCAGGCCAGGCCAGGCCAGACAGGCUCAGGCCUGAAAAUCAAAAUCACAAGGUCAGACACAACAACAGCCAGGCCAGAAACAGGCUUCAGGCCAGCCACCCAGCCAGGCCGUCGGUGCCUGCGUCAUACCGCGCCUCAGGCCCAGGCCCAGGCCGCGCUCGAGACGCGCCAGGCCCAGACUGCGCCUGCGCCGAAAAUCGCGCUCAGGCUCAGACACCAACGCCGAAAAUCGGUACCAGACAUGCUGGCCAGGCCUGCGCUCAGGCCAGCUCAGUCAGUCAGUCAGUCAUCGCCAGCCCACCAACCCGGUUCCACGUCCGGCCUCGGUCCCGACGACGCCCGCAACAUCAUCUCAACUCGGCCGACGACGUCUACCAUCAUCCCGCCAAAACGACGUCACCAUUAUCCAACACCAAAUCAUCGACGCAUUAUCAACCCGCGCUUAUUCAGCGUAGCCUUUAUGACUAUACUAGUUGGACCACUGAAUAAUAUCACGCUACAAAAUGAACUUGAACAGCAACAUUUUCCAGGUUAUCAUUUGCGCCUCUAA